GGAAGAGUUUGAAAGUGAAAAUAUAAGGAAGAACAUUUAAAUAACAGAGUGAAUGUGGACAGAAGGAUUGAACUUACGCAGCUUAAGUAUUAGAAAAAGGGCAUAACAAGAGUCAUAGAAUCUGUAUUUUCUAUGAACCCUUUGAUGAAGAUGUAAUAAUUUGUUAUAGUUUCCCGCCCCCUUUCUCAGAAUCCUUAUCAAUAAAAGAGAAGUUCAUCCAGUUUCACCCAGGCAUUUUCCUCAAGAUUUUCCUAUGAAAAUUUUGCAGAUUUUUACCUUGGCAUAGAAGCAGACAAAAGCAUAUUUCUAAACCUGAAAGUGAUUAAGAGUAUGGACCUUAUAGGAAAAUGCCUUGGGAAUAAAUUUUAGACCUAGCUGAAUAACAAGAUAAAAUAAUAGAAUGAUAAUGAGAUUUUGUUAUGUACUUUUUCCUAGGAAAGUACACUAUAGUUUAUAAAUAUAUUCAUUAUAUCUUCCAACAUGCUCUAUUUUGACAGCUGAUACUAAGAAACAGGAAAAAAUGAUCAAUGAAAGUUACUUUGGUGGAUUUAUACUCCUUGGAUUCUCUGGACAGCCUCAGCUGGAGAUGAUCAUCUCUGGGGUUGUCUUUUUCUUCUACACCAUUGCCUUGAUGGGAAAUACAGCCAUCAUCUUCCUGCCAUUAUUGGAUGAACGUCUCCAAACCCCCAUGUACUUUUUCCUUAGAAAUUUGGCCAUCUUGGAUCUCUCUUACACCACAAAUAUAGUCCCACAGAUGUUGGUCAACAUCUGGGGUAAAGACAAGAAAAUAACCUUUGGUGGCUGUGCCUUUCAACUUUUCGCUAGUGUGGCACUAUUCACAGUUGAAUGUAUGCUUCUAGCUGUGAUGUCUUAUGACCGGUUCAAUGCUGUCUACAAACCUCUACACUAUAUGACCAUAAUGAACCCCCAGCUCUGUCAAGGCCUGGUGGCCAUAACUUGGGGAAUUGGGAUCACUAAUUGCAUGAUUCUUUCCCCCUAUGCCAUGAGCCUUCCUCGAUGUGGAAACCACCACCUGGAUCACUAUUUUUGUGAGAUCUCUGCUAUGGUCAAGAUUGCAUGUGUAGGCACCAUAGCCAUGGAGGAAACUUUAUUUGCAUUGAGUUUUUUUGUUUUCCUUGCACUACUUCUUCUCAUUCUAGUUUCAUAUGGCUUCAUUGCUAUAGCUGUACUCAAAAUUAAAUCUGGCACAGGAAGGCAAAAAGCUUUUGGGACGUGCUCUUCCCAUCUCUUUGUGGUAUCCAUCUUCUAUGGGACUGUUAUCUACAUGUACAUACAACCAGGAAACAGUCCAACUCAGUAUGAGGGUAAACUUCUCAGUAUCUUUUAUUCCAUUAUUACUCCCAGUUUAAACCCACUGAUCUACACACUAAGGAAUAAGGAGUUCAAGGAAGCCAUGAAGAGGCUCAUUGGAAAAGUUUCUGUAGAAACAACAGGACACUAA